AAACUUCAAAUUAACCCUCCUUUUCUCUCUCCUCCUGUGGAGAUACGAUAUUUGAGAUGUCUUUAUGUUGUGGGGUCUUACCGCUCAGCCCAGUGUUUCAAAAAGGCCUGUAAACUUUUAAGUACGAAGCCACGCGCUUCACCUCAAUACCUUUCAUCUUCCUUCAAGUGGGUGUUGUGUGUCUUUCAUCUAUUCAGUUUUCUCUGAUUUUCUCUCAAUGGGUCUCUCAUGGAGUUGUUUGGGUUGAAGAUUUUCUCACUCAGAUCCCUCACUAGCAGCUGACAUGUACACAUUUUUCAUGAUUACAAGCGAUUGACGAUUUACCUCCUUUUAACUACUUUUGUUCAACCAAUUGUAUUCAAGAGGAACAAAUGCCGAGGACAAGGGGAUCAGAAAUGCCUCAAAGGCAGUCUCCCCGAGGAUCACUUCAGCUUCGAACAUCAAGCUCUGAUUCUGAUCCUCUACAUCAUCGUCCUAUUACCGAUCGGAGCCCCAAGGUAGGAGACCGUCGAUCCCCAAGAGGUGCUCAAUCUGAUUCCGUAAAUCAGAAGAAACUCGGUACCCGCAUUGCAGAUUUAGAAUCUCAACUUGGGCAAGCUCUAGAAGAGCUAAAGAACCUGAAAUUUCAGUUAGCUUCUGCUGAAGCAGCAAAGAAAGAAGCUCAAGAAGAAUUGGAGAAGAAAGCUAACAUGCCAAUCACUCAUGAUGCUAUGGAAAUCCAAGAGAAACAUUCUCCAACAGAAGCUUACAAAUCAAACAAAAUAGACAGCAGUCAUCCUGAUGAAGCUCCAGAUGACAACCAGCAGGAAACUGAUGUCUUUGAAGUUCCAGUGGAAAAAGUGGCAGUUGAGGCCAAGGUUGAUCUCAGUCAACUGUCUGAUCAAGAGGAUAAAAGAUCCAAACCAACUGACAUCUCAACUGAGCCACCAGCAAUUCUGGAACCAGAGAAAGUGUCAUUUGAAGAGUUGGCUAUGAAGAAUGAUGAGAUUAAUUUACUGAAAGCAAAGUUAGAGGAAAAGGAAAAGGAAUUAGAGGGGUCUUGUCAAGAAAUUGAGGGCCUGAAAAAGCAGUUAAAUGAAGCAGCGUCAGAGAUUGUGUUGGUCCGAACAAAGGAGGAAGAGAUGGCUCUGAGGCUGAGCCAACUGGGAGAAGACCUGAAAGCAAAUAAAGCUAAUGAAGCUCAAUUGAAGGAGAAAUUGGAAGCUGUGGAAGGAGUGAAGGAGGCAUUGGAAGCAGAGAUGAAAAAACUGAGAGUGCAAACUGAGCAAUGGAGGAAAGCAGCAGAUGCUGCAGCAGCUGUUUUGGCUGGGGGAGUGGAGAUGAAUGGCAGAAGGAUUUCAGAGAGGUGUGGGUCAAUGGAUAAACACUUUGGCGGGGUAUUUGAGUCAUCUGCAGGUGGGUAUGCUGGUUUUGUGGGCUCACCUGUUCUGGCUGAUGAUUUUGAUGAUGGUUUUGGAAGUGGAAAGAGGAAGGGUUCUGGCAUUAAAAUGUUUGGGGACUUGUGGAAAAGGAAGAGCCAGAAAUAAGUUCUCCAGUUGUCCUCUGUGAGUAUGAAAGUCUUUUUCAUCUGUAUCAAUCAUGUAUUCUGGUCACAAAAUGGUUGCUCAUGAUUUUGCAUUAGGUUUGCACUGUGUUCCAACCACCAUGGCAUGCCAGCCAUCUUGUUUCUAGUGCUUGUAUAAUCCAAACAUUUUAAGGAUGAAUUAAUGUGUUGUAAUUCAACUGA